AUGCAUACAUGUAUAGUGUGCUUCAAUGCAUCUCGUAAGACCAAGGUCAGUCGUCCAGGAGUUCAUUAUCAUGCAAUUCCCAAGAAUGCAUAUAUGAGGAGAAAAUGGCUUAAAGUUCUUGGAAUUGAUCGUUGUCAUGAUUGGCAACGUGUAUGUAGUGAUCAUUUUUUGGAAGAAAACUAUAAGCCAGGAAAAAAGAGAUAUUUAUUUCCAAAUACUAUUCCCCAACCUUGUGAACGAAAUGGUUUUCCUUCUAAUUAUGCUAGUCAAAUUAAUGAUGUCGAAACUGGAAAUAAUAAAAAUUUACAAAUGGAACAAAAUAUUAUAAGAGAGGGUCAUAUUGGAAAUGCUGUGAAUAAUUUUAAAUCACCAAGACCGUCAUUUAGAUAUACUAGAAGCAAUGAGGAUAUGAGGAAUAAAAAUAUGCCGGACCAUAAAUCACGACCUGCAUUACGAUGUUCCGUUAAAAACUGCUUAAACAGGCAUUCAAAGAAUCUUAGUUUCUUUGGCUAUCCUAAGGAUUUCACGCUGAGAAAAAUGUGGAUGGACAAAUGCGGUGUAGAAAUAGAUCCCUCUACAAUAGUAAAAAGUACUACAAGAGUUUGCGGUACACAUUUUGAAAUCGAUUGUUUCAAAAAUACUGAAUUAAAGAACAGAUUAAAACCAGGUGCUGUUCCUACAUUAUUUUUAGUUAAUGCACCUGAUGCUUUGCCUGUGGCAACCGAUGAGCUGCCUGUGUUUAUAGAUAAUGAAGCUGCUGAACAGUCGUCAAAAGAAAAACAAAACAAUGAAAAAGGUACCGUGUAA